GUUCUUUCAGAGUCCAUGUCAACUGCUGACAGUGAAGAGCCAGGCAGUCUGACCCAUGAUAGGAGGGAGCCAAGUGAAGAGCCAGCCAGUCUGACCCACGAUAGGAGGGAGCCAAGUGAAGAGCCAGCCAGUCUGACCCAUGAUUCUUGACAUGACUCAUGGUGAACUAAAAUUGCUUGCAAAGCAUCUGGGACAUGAUGUGAAGACCCACAAGGAAUAUUAUCAGUUGUCUUCCAGUACCAUGGAACUCUCAAAGGUUGCCCUGAUGUUGUAUGCUGUUGAAAAUGGUAAAGUCAAUGAGUGGAAGGGAAGGCAGAUGAAGGACAUAGUAGUAGAAGAUUUACCUCUUCCAAUUGAAGACGAAGAUGGCCAUCAAGAAGAGUCCAUGUCAACUGCUGACAGUGAAGAGCCAGGCAGUCUGACCCAUGAUAGGAGGGAGCCAAGUGAAGAGCCAGCCAGUCUGACCCAUGAUAGAAGGGAGCCAAGUGAAGAGCCAGCCAGUCUGACCCAUGAGUCCAUGUCAACUGCUGACAGUGAAGAGCCAGGCAGUCUGACCCAUGAUAGGAGGGAGCCAAGUGAAGAGCCAGCCAGUCUGACCCAUGAUAGGAGGGAGCCAAGUGAAGAGCCAGCCAGUCUGACCCAUGAGUCCAUGUCAACUGCUGCCAGUGAAGGGCCAGCCAGUCUGACCCAUGAUGAAAUGAGGCAGCCAAAUCCUCAAGGGACAGGGACAAGAAAAGGAAUGAAACGAAAGUGGGCCAGCGAAGAGAACAUAUGUUUCAUGAACUUUUUUAGAGAUGAAUUAAGAGAAAAAAAAAUGCCAUCUGGCUCAAAAAUAAUGGGGUCCCUAAAAAUACUUACCGGAAGAACAGUGGCCCAGAUAAGGGCAAGGGUCCAUAACAUUAUUAUGGAAAAACAAAAAUGGAAAAAGAAUUGUUGAACUGUGGAAUAUGUUUAUGCCCCUGGUAGGGUGGCAUAUAGCAGUUGAACUGUCCGUCAGUCAGUCAGUCUGUCCAUCUGGCCGAAAACUUAUAUGGCCAUAACUUUUUCAAUAUUGAACAUAGCAACUUGAUAUUUAUACCCCUAUUACAAUUGGUAAUGGGGGCUAUAUAGGAGUCACGUUUGUCGGUCUGUCCCGAUAUUUCAUCCGAUAUUCACCAAACUUGGUCAGUAGUUGUAUGUAGAUAAUGUCUAGAUCAAGUUUGAGUAUGGGUCAUGCCAGGUCAAAAACUAGGUCAUGGGGUCACUUAGUAUGUUUUAAACUGUAAGUUUGUACGGACCAUAGCUAUAUUAUUUAUCGUUACAUUUUUAAAUGACUCGGUACAUUUGUUCACCAUCAUGGAACGGUGUGUCGCGUUAAAAGAAAUUACGUCAAUAUCUCAAAGGUCAAGGUCACACUUGGGAGUUCAAAGGUCAAAUGCUUGUCCGGGCCAUAGCUUUGUUUUUUAUUGUGAGAUUUUAAAAUCAUUUGGCACAUUUGUUCACCAUCAUUGAACAGUGUGUCGGGCGAAAUAAUUACGUCAAUAUUUCCAAGAACAAGGGCACAAUUUGAGUUUAAAGGUAAAAAAUGGCCAUAAUUGAGCUUGUCUGGGCAAUAACUAUGUUGUUUAUUGUGCGAUUUUAAAAUCGUUGGCUCUUUUGUUCACCAUCAUUUGACAGUGUGUCGCGCGAAAGAAUUACGUCGAUAUCUUCAAACUCAAAGUUGUAGUUUUAGUUCAAAGGUCAAAAAUGGCAAUAAAUUAUCUUGUCUGGGCCAUAAAUAUGUCAUUCAUUGUAAGAUUUUAAAAUAACUCUGUACAUCAAUUUUGUUCAAAGUCAUUGGAAGGCUUGUCAUGUGAAACAAUUCAAGAGUUCAAAGGUCAAAAUGGCUAUAAAUGAUAAUGGCAUAAUGAUUCUUAAAAAAUCGCCAUAAAUUGUAUUAUCUUGUUUUGUGAAGACAGCAUACAAAAUAGUCUGUGUCAAUGCGUUAUGUGGGGGUAUAUGUCACGUCUGUGACAAAGCUCCAGUUGGCAUGCAUGUGCAUCUUGUGAAGCUGCACAUAUUGAGUGGUGAAAAGUGAAGGUCAAGGUAAUCCUUCAAGGUUAAAUGUUAAAUAUAUUGCUUCUGUCCGUCCGUCUGAAAACUUUAAAAUUGGCCAUAACUUUUGAGCUCACCUGAGUGCAACAUGCUCAUGGUGAGCUUUUGUGAUUGCCUUUUGUCCGUUGUGCGUUGUAUGUCGUCAACAUUUUGCCUUGUGAACACUCUAGAUGCCACAUUUAUUGUCUGAUCUUCAUGAAAUUUUGCAGAACAUUUGUCACAUUGAUACCUCGACUGAGUUCGAAACUGGGUCAUGCUGGGUCAAAAAUUAGGUCACUAGGUCAAAAAAACAACAAAAAAACUUGUGAACACUGUAGAAGUCCAAUCUUCAUGUAACUUUGUCAAAAUGUUUGUCUAAAUGAUAUUUUGGUUUAGUUAAAAAUUGGUUCCGGUCCGUUGAAAAACAUGGCCGCCAGGGGCGGGGCAGUUUUCCUUAUAUGGCUAUAGAGAAACCUUGUGAACACUUUAGAAGUCAAAAUGUUUGCCUAAUCAUCAUGAAACUUGGUCAAAACAUUGGUUUUAUUUAUAUUUUGGACGAGUUUGAAAAUGGUCCAGAUCAGUGAAAAAACAUGGCCGCCAAGGGGCGGGGGAGUUUUCCUUAUGUCUUUAGUUAAACAUUGCUAACACUCUAGAGGCCACAUUUAUUGUCCAUUCUUCAUGAAAUUUGGUCCGAAGUUUGGUCUCAAUGAUAUCUUAGACGAGCUGAAAAUGGUUACGUUUGCUUGAAAAACAUGGCUGCCAAAGGGCGGGGCAUUUUUCCUUAUAUGGCUAUAUAUGGCUAUAGUAAAAUCUUGUUAACACUCUUGAGGCCACAUUUAUUUUCCGAUCUUCAUGAAACUUGGUCAGAAUAUUCAUACCAAAAAAUAUCGUAGACAAGUUAAAAAAUGAUGCUGGUUGGUUGAAAAACAUGUCCGCCAGGGGGUGGGGCAUUUUACCUUAUAUGGCUAUAGUAAAACUUUGUUAACACUCUAUAGGCCACAUUUAUUUUCUUAUCUUCAUGAAACUUGGUCAGAAGAUUUGUCCUAAUGAUAUCUUGGAUUAGUUCAAAAAUAGUUUCGUUUGCUUAAAAAACAUGGCCACCAGGGGGCGGGGCAUUUUUCCUAAUAUGGUUAUGUAUCAUGCUUUACUAAAACAUUGUAAACACUCUGUAGGGCACAUUUAUUUUCCGAUUAUUAUGAAACUUGGUCAGAUGAUUUGUCCUAAUGAUAUCUUGGAUGAGUUCAAAAAUGGUUCUAGUUGGUGGAAAAACAUGGCCACUAAGGGGGCGUGGCAUUUUUCCUUAUAUGGCUAAAGUAAAACCCUGUUAAAACUCUAGAAGCCAUAUUUAUUGUACGAUCAUCAUGACACUUUGUCAGAAGAUUUGUCCCAAUGAUAUUUGGACAAGUUUGAAAUUGGUUCCAGUUGCUAAGAAAAACAUGGCCACCAGUGGGCGGGGCAUUUUUCCUUAUAUGGACUUAUGAAUCUUCUUGAAACUUUGUCAGUAUAUUAGUUUAAAUGAUAUCUUGGAUGUGUUUUUCACGUUGACAUUUGAAGCUUUAACUUUGUAUGAUUCUAAAUAUGUGUCAAUGCUGUCAGUUGAAUUUUGAAAUAUGAAGUUUUACAUUUUUUGUAGAUUAAAUAAUUUGUAAAAUGUUGCAGUUUCGUCAAUCAGUUUUAUAAGAUAUUGAGCUUUAAAUAUGAUGCAGAUUGUAAGAUUCUUAAUAUCUUUCAAUAUUGUGGAUAAGUUUUUGAGAUAUCAAGCUUUGAGUUUUAUGCAAAUUGUAUGAUUUUAAAAUGUUUUAAUGGUGUUGAUCAGUGUAAUGAAGAUUGCAUAAUUUUUAUGUUUUAAUUCUGUCUAUUGGUUUUCAAAAUGAAAGACUUUGAUUUUGUAAGUGCACUUUUAUCUCCUGAAAGAUUCUUUUCUAGUGUUUAGUUUAUAUUUUAAGGCUGUUUGCAAACUCGAAGUGAAAACAGUUCUAUUACAAUUUGGUAAGGACAUGACAUUGCAUAUCUGAUUUUAAAAUGUACUUUGCUGGCAACGUGUAAUUUUCUGAAAUGUCUUAGUAAGACUGUUGUUUGCAAUCAAAAGGUCUGUGCUUCAAAUACAGGGUAAUGCAUGUUUUUUGUCCAAAUUUAUGGCGAUUCAGACAUUGUUCUAUGUAAAUUUGGGGUUUGCUUGAAGGUUCAGUCUAUUUUUAUGUCCCUCACUAUAGUAGUGGGGGACAUAUUGUUUUUGUCCUGUCUGUUGGUUGGUUGGUUGAUCUGUUUACGCCAACUUUAACAUUUGCAAUAACUUUUGCAAUAUUGAAGAUAGCAACUUGAUAUUUGGCAUGCAUAUGUAUCUCAUAGAGCUGCACAUUUUAAUUUUCUGAAAGGUCAAGGUCAGAGGUCAAAUAUAUGUGGCCAAAAUCUCUCAUUUUAUGAAUACUUUUGCAAUAUUGAAGAUAGCAACUUCAUAUUUGGCAAGCAUGUGUAUCUCAUGGAGCUGCACAUUUUGAGUGGUGAAAGGUCAAGGUCAUAAUUCAAUGUCAUAGGUCGAAUAUAUGGCUUCAAAGCGGCGCAGUAAGGGGGAUUGUGUUUUACGAACACAGCUCUUGUUGUUAACUGCCUUUUUAAUCCCUUACCAGUGUUUCACUAAAGUCCGUGUACUUUGGACUCAUUUCAAGUUGACAUUUGAAGCUUGAACUUUGUAUGAUUCUAAAUAUGUGUCAAUGCUGUCGGUUGAAUUUUGAAAUAUGAAGUUUUUCAUUUUUUGUAGAUUAAAUAAUUUGUAAAAUGUUGCAGUUUCGUCAAUCAGUUUUAUAAGAUAUUGAGCUUUAGUUAUGAUGCAGAUUGUAAGAUUCUUAAUAUCUUUCAAUAUUGUGGAUAAGUUUUUGAGAUAUCAAGCUUUGAAUUUUAUGCAAAUUGUAUGAUUUAAAAUGUUUUAAUUUGUUGAUCAGUGUACUGAAGAUUGUAUACUUUUUAUAUGUUAUAAUUCUGUCUAUUGGUUUUCAAAAUGAAAGACUUUGAUUUUGUAAGUGCACUUUUAUCUCAUUAUGCCCCCCUUCGAAGAAGAGGGGGUAUAUUGCUUUGCUCAUGUCGGUCGGUCUGUCGGUAUGUCAGUUUGUCGGUCCGUCCACCAGGUGGUUGUCAGACGAUAACUCAAGAACGCUUGGGCCUAGGAUCAUAAAACUCCAUAGGUACAUUGAUCAUGACUCGCAGAUGACCCCUAUAGAUUUUGAGGUCACUAGGUCAAAGGUCAAGGUCACGGUGACCCAAAAUAGUAAAAUGGUUUUUGAAUGAUAACUCAAGAACGCAUACGCCUAGGAUCAUGAAACUUCAUGGGUAGAUUGAUCAUGACUCGCAGAUGACCCCUAUUGAUUUUGAGGUCAAAGGUCAAGGUCACGGUGACCCAAAAUAGUAAAAUGGUUUCCGGAUGAUAACUCAAAAAUUCAUACGCCUAGGAUCAUGAAACUUCAUGGCUAGAUUGAUCAUGACUUGCAGAUGACCCCUAUUGAUUUUUAGGUCACUAGGUCAAAGGUCAAGGUCACGGUGACCCGAAAUAGUAAAAUGGUUUUCAGAUGAUAACUCAAGAACGCAUAUGCCUAGGAUCAUGAAACUUCACAGGUAGAUUGAUCAUGACUCACAGAUGACCCUUAUUGAUUUUGAGGUCACAAGGUCAAGGUCACGGUGACCCGAAAUAGUAAAAUGAUUUUCGGAUGAUAACUCAAGAACGCUUUUGCCUAGGAUCAUGACACUUCAUAGGUACAUUGAUCGUGACUCACAGAUGACCCCUAUUGAUUUUCAGGUCACUAGGUCAAAGGUCAAGGUCACAGUGACAAAAAACGUAUUCACACAAUGGCUGCCACUACAACGGACAGCCCAUAUGGGGGGCAUGCUUGUUUUACAAACAGCCCUUGUUAAAGAUUCUUUUCUAGUGUUUAGUUUAUAUUUUAAGGCUGUUUGCAAACUCGAAGUGAAAACAGCUCUAGUACAAUUUGGUAAGGACAUGACAUUGCAUAUCUGAUUUAAAAAUGUACUUUGCUGGCAACGUGUAAUUUUCAGAAAUGUCUUAGUAAGUAAGACUGUUGUUUGCAAUCAAAAGGUCUGUGCUUCAAAUCCAGGAAAAUGCAUGUUUUUUGUCCAAAUUUAUGUCAAUUCAGACAUUGUUCUGUGUAAAUAUGGGGUUUGCUUGUAGGAUCAGUCUAUUUUUAUGUCCCCCACUAUAGUAGUGGGGGACAUGUUGUUUUUGCUCUGUCGGUCUGUUGAUUGGUUGGUUGGUCUGUUUAUGCCAACUUUAACAUUUUGCAAUAUUGAAAGUAGCAACUUGAUAUUUGGCAUGCAAAUGCAUCUCCUGAAGCUGCACAUUAUUAUUGGUGAAAGGUCAAGGUCAUCCUUCAAGGUCAGAGGUCAAAUAUAUGUGGCCAAAAUCGCUCAUUUUAUGAAUUCUUUUGCAAUAUUGAAGAUAGCAACUUGAUAUUUGCCAAGCAUGUUUAUCUCAUUGAGCUGCACAUUUUGAGUGGUGAAAGGUCAAGGUCAUCCUUCAAGGUCAGAGGUCAAAUAUAUGUGGCCCAAAUCGCUUAUUUUAUUAAUACUUUUGCAAUAUUGAAGAUAGCAACUUGAAAUUUGGCAUGCAUGUGUAUCUCAUGGAGCUGCAAAUUUUGAGUGUUGAAAGGUCAAAGUCAUCCUUCAAGGUCAGAGGUUAAAUAUAUGUGGCCCAAAUCGCUUAUUUUAUGAAUACGUUUGCACUAUUGAAGAUAGCAACUUGAUAUUUGGCAUGCAUAUGUAUCUCAUAGAGCUGCACAUUUUGAGUGGUGAAAGGUCAAGGUCAUCCUUCAAGGUCAAAUAUAUGGGUCAAAAUUGCUCAUGUUAUGUUACUUCUGCAAUAUUGAAGCUAGCAAUUUUAUAUUUGACAUGCAUGUGUAUCUCAUGGAGCUGCACAUUUUGAGUGGUGAAGGGUCAAGGUCAUCCUUCAAGGUCAAACGUUAUAUACGGGGACAUUGGGUUUCACAAACGCAUCUUGUUGUGUAUGUAAUUAAUUUUGCUUAAUUUUUGUGAUCCCCCGCCAACAGCGGAGGGAUAUUAAUUUGGCAUUGUCCGUCUUUCCGUCUGUCCGUCCGGCACUUUUGUGUCCAGAACCAUAUCUUGGAAGUGCUUUAGCAGAUUUCAUUGAAACUUGGUACGAGUAUAUAUAUAUGGAUAAGAGGAUGAUGCACGCCAAAUGGCAUUGUACAUCCUUGAUUAAUAGCGGAGUUAUGACCCUUUGUAUUUGAAAAAAAUGCUUUUUUUGUGUGUCCAGAGCCAUAACUUGUAUCCAGAAGUAUAAUGGCGGGGGAUAUCAAUUCAACGAAUUUGCUUGUUAAAUCAGUUUUUAUUUUCAUGAUAAUCAUUUAGUUCGUACUGCAACUUAUGAUGGAUUGUUACUACUAUCUCCAAUUAUUUGUUUGUCAUGGGUCCGUCACCAUUUAUCUCUUAUAUAAUACUUGAAUUGAGCAUUUCACAAUCUGACAAUCAUGCAUAUCAUUUAUUAGUUUCAUAAUAAAACGUCUGACAAGGGUCAGAUAAUUUUAA